AUGGUACUAGUAUGUGGAUCAAUACCCGUGCCGUUGAUUUGUGCAGUAAGUCUGUUAGUAUCUAUCUAUCUAUCUAUCUAUCUAUCUAUCUAUCUAUCUAUCUAUUCGUGUCUAUCUCUCGCUGCAUGUUUCUAUCUAUCUAUCUAUCUAUCUAUCUAUCGAAAUCUAUUAGUGUCUAUCUAUCUAUCGCAGUAUGUUAGUAUCGAUCGAUCGGUCAAUCUAUCUAUCUAUCUAUCUAUCUAUCUAUCUAUCUAUCUAUUCGUGUCUAUCUAUCGCUGCAUGUUUCUAUCUAUCUAUCUAUCUAUCUAUCGAAAUCUAUUACUGUCUAUCUAUCUAUCGCAGUAUGUUAGUAUCGAUCGAUCGGUCAGUCUAUCUAUCUAUCUAUCUAUCUAUCUAUCUAUCUAUCUAUCUAUCUAUCCGUGUCUAUCUGUCGCUGCAUGUUUCUAUCUAUCUAUCUAUCUAUCUAUCUAUCGAAAUCUAUUAGUGUCUAUCUAUCUAUCGCAGUAUGUUAGUAUCGAUCGAUCGGUCAAUCUAUCUAUCUAUCUAUCUAUCUAUCUAUCUAUCUAUCUAUCUAUCUAUCUAUUCGUGUCUAUCUAUCGCUGCAUGUUUCUAUCUAUCUAUCUAUCUAUCUACCUAUCUAUCUAUCGAAAUCUAUUAGUGUCUAUCUAUCUAUCGCAGUAUGUUAGUAUCGAUCGAUCGGUCAAUCUAUCUAUCUAUCUAUCUAUCUAUCUAUCUAUUCGUGUCUAUCUAUCGCUGCAUGUUUCUAUCUAUCUAUCUAUCUAUCUAUCGAAAUCUAUUAGUUCUAUCUAUCUAUCUAUCUAUUCGUGUCUAUCUAUCGCUGCAUGUUUCUAUCUAUCUAUCUAUCUAUCUAUCUAUCGAAAUCUAUUAGUGUCUACCUAUCUAUCGCAGUAUGUUAGUAUCGAUCGAUCGGUCAAUCUAUCUAUCUAUCUAUCUAUCUAUCUAUCUAUCUAUCUAUCUAUUCGUGCCUAUCUAUCACAGCAUUUUUUUUCUAUCUAUCUAUCUAUCUAUCUAUCUAUCUAUCUAUCUAUCUAUCUAUCUAUUCGUGUCUAUCUAUCGCAGUAUGUUUGUAUCUAUCGAUCGAUCAGUCUAUCUAUCUAUCUAUCUAUCUAUCUAUCACAAUCUAUUUGUGUGUAUCUAUCUAUCGCAGUAUGUUUAUAUUUAUCUAUCUAUCUAUCUAUCUAUCUAUCUAUCUAUCUAUCUAUCUAUCUAUCUAUUGCAAUAUUGGCCAGCUAUUAUUAUCUAUCACAGUAUGCUUUAUCUAUCUAUCUAUCUAUCUAUCUAUCUAUCUAUCUAUCUAUCUAUCUAUAA